CCGCGCGGCCCCGCGCCCGGCGUCCCGCGGCGGAGAGGCGGCGGGCCGGGGGCAUGGGGUGCGCGCCGACUUGUUGCGGGAGCUGAGCUGGGUUUUUUUCUUUUUUUUUCUUUUUUUUUCCUGGCUUUUUUUUUUUUUUUUUUUUUUCUCUCAUUUCUUCCUCUCCUCCCCCGGCGAAAUUUGCUCCUCGGACCGCGGCCGGUUUUUCUCCACGCCCUUCCCUCCUCCUCCUCGCUGCCUGGAUCCAUCGCGGUUUCCCCCGGUCCGCAGCAUGGCCAAAGUGGCGGCGGAAAGUUGCGGGACGGCGCCGGCCGAGGACUUGUCCAAGGUGUCGGACGAAGAGCUGCUCCAGUGGAGCAAGGAGGAGCUGAUCCGCAGCCUCCGCCGCGCCGAGGCCGAAAAGAUGAGCGCGAUGCUGGACCACAGCAACCUGAUCCGCGAGGUGAACCGCCGCCUCCAGCUGCACCUCGGCGAGAUCCGCGGCCUGAAGGAUAUCAAUCAGAAGCUGCAAGAAGAUAACCAGGAGCUGAGAGACCUCUGCUGCUUUCUGGAUGACGACAGGCAGAAAGGCAAGAGGGUGUCCCGUGAGUGGCAGAGACUGGGCAGAUACAGUGCCAGUAUUAUGCACAAAGAGGUUGCCUUGUACCUGCAGAAGCUGAAAGAAUUGGAAGUGAGACAAGAGGAAGUGGUUAAGGAAAACCUGGAGCUGAAGGAACUGUGUGUGUUGUUGGAUGAGGAGAAGGGCGGUGGAGCGGGCAGCCGGAGCUCCAUUGACAGCCAAAUCAGCCUGUGCCAAUUAACUGCCACCAGCACGUACAUAAGAGAUGUCGGUGAUGGGAGCAGUACUUCUAGCACGGGAAGCACAGACAGUCCAGAUCAUCAUAAACAUCAUCCGAGUACGAGCCCAGAACAUCUUCAAAAAGCUCGGGGUGAAGGAAGCCCCGAGCAUCAGAAGCACAGGAGUUCGGGCAGUCCUGAUCAUCACCUGAAAGGACCGAGUCCAGAACAUCAGAAAACCAUUGUCAAAGCACCUGAACAACAAAAGCACAGCAGUAGCAGUCCAGAAACUCUCCCAAAGCAUGUUUUGAGUGGUAGCCCUGAACACUUUCAAAAGCAGAGGCCUGGCAGUAGCCCUGAGCAUCAAAAGCACAGCGGUGGCAGCCCAGAUCAUCUUCAGAAGCACAGUGGAAGUACAGAACAUCUCCACAAAGUGAGGGGCACGAGCCCUGAGCACCUCAAAAAACACUAUGGAGGGAGCCCAGAGCAUCUCAAGCAUCUCAGUGCAGGCAGCAGAGAAGGUACCCUCAGGAGACAAGUAACAGAUGACCUGUCCCCUCACCACAGAAGUAUAUACAAUGGAAUGAAUGGUCACUUCUGAUCUUAUUAUGGGACUCACCUACUGGCAGCAAGAGAGGAUGAAGUGCUUGUGAUCCUAAAUAAUGAAUGUUAACAUCUUCUGACUAAUUGAUGAAUGUAUAAAAUGAUAAAUAAUCAGAAUUUAGGUGUCUCAGUAGAGGACUGACCUGUCUCUGUUGGUCUUGACUCCAAACCAUGGUUGAGAGGAGAAAGUAUUCCUCUGCACAUUGGAUCUUGUUCUGCAAAGUACUGUGUUGUCUAUCUGAAAUUGCUGUUCCUGUCUGAAAAGCAUACAUAAAAACAGCCUGGCUAUUUCUGCUGGAUCAGGAGCUUCUGUACGUCGCUGACAGCGCCUGCUCACCCUGAGUUGUGGUCUUGUUAGUGCCUAGGUGACCACAGGGAAGCAAUGUGUUCAGUCAGGUACAGUUAUUUAAACCAGAACUUUCCCUGCAUGUGAACGCAUGGGGAAUGGAGUUGGUCAGCUACAGCUGAAUCAAUUCCAGUGGUAUCAGAAACGUGAUACAUAUCAGACUUAUAAAUCAGUUUUAGUUAUUGCACAGUGCUUUGCAGCACUGCAUUAACCAUUUUGGCCUCGUGCAUGUUUUAAGCUGUCAUGUAGCACACAGGAAGCUGCUGCAGGUCAGGAGCAUCUUUGGUCCUUAGGAACAGCUGAAGGAGCAGAGAAUGAGGUGAUAAUGUUUACUUUCAUAAUUUUUCUCACUUUCUAUUCUCAGGAGUUUGAUGUUGUCAGUUUUUUUUCUUGUGUGACUCAUCAACAAAACCUGAAAACACUUGAGAAGCUUUCUGUAAGUGUGUGUGUGUGUGUGUGUGUAUGUAUAAUAACUUACCCAGUAUUCUACAUGCAUUUCUGAGAAGUGCAUCCUCGUUUCUUGGAGUGACAGAAGAUAAGGUCUGAAAGCUGUGUUUUCUAUUAACAAACAUCAAGCCAAACUUACAUAUCUUGUUUUUCAAGGCUUCAACCAAAUGAAUGUGAUGAUAAAACUGUGAUGACUCUCAGAUGCUCUGGUUAAUGAGCACAGAGAUAUUUGGAACAGACACUGAGUUUAGAAGAGAAAAUGCCAGUGGUGUUAAAUACAUGAAAUUAGAUUGUACCAUAACCCUUAAUAGUCUUUAACUGACACAAAUACCUGGGGUGGAAGUGUCUCUAUAGAAAUUCAUGUCAUUUUAGCAUUUGCAGUCUAAGUGGUGUUGUAGCAAUUUAUUGUAAACUCUCUGUUUUAAGAAUUCCUUUGUUUUACCCCAGGCUUUGACUUCUGUGUGCAAAGAAAAUAUCAGAAGGCUUUCGUGUGUGCUUUUUGCUUCCUGCUGAGGUUAUUACAGAGGAGCAGUAAAACUGCUGACUAACACUGCGUGCUGCUGGAGGUGUGAGGGCUCUUGUGGAGCAAAUGCAGCAGCACCUCAAUUGAACAAGACUAUUUGUAAGUUAAGCUCAGCUUCAAUCUUGAGCCAUUCCUGCUGUAAAUGUGCUUCUUGGGAGGGGAACGCAGUAAGAAAAUAUCUUUAUUUUGCUUCUCUAAGUAAAAAGAGAAAAUUACAGUAUCUCUUCAGAGAGAGAAACCUUACAGUAACAUUACUGAAAUAAAUGGUAGCCUUUCCAUGGAAACUGCUCACAUUGUGCUGGCCAAACAGUGAAAUGAUGUCACUUUUGCUCGCGUUCUCUUCUUGCAUUUGAAAUGGAAGUGAUUUUCCUAUCCAGAAUGGCAGUGCACAGCAUGGCACUUGGGACUUCAGCUUUCCCAAUGGCACCCACGCUGGUACAGCUGCCAUUUGAAGUCUGAUACAGCAUUGCUUGCUCUUGAGAGCAACCUGAUAUGUAAGCUGAGGCUUUAGGAUUGGUGGAAUUUUUUUUUGCUUGUCAGUGUGAGUUAAUCUACUGCUUCUUUUUGGUGUUUAUUUUAAGUGUAGAGCUCUGAAUCUUUUGUGUCAAUGGGAGUCUGUCGUUUGAAUUCCGUAGGUUUCACAUCAGACUUGUAAAUCAGUGUUACUGUAUGCUGUAAGAGAAUAUGCACGAAUGUGAUUAGAGCAUGCUGUAUUCAUUACCAAACCCAUUUCUGUGGAGUUUUUUUCUUCUCAGGUUGAAAUUGUGACUUGUAAUACCAACAGCAGUAACUGACCAGACUAGGGCUGACUGUACAAGUUCAUGUCUGUCUCUGUCUGUUUGAUGCUAGAUGGGCACAUGAAGUCAUCACAUAGGGGUUUUACAUUCCUUCUUGGAUGUCAUAUCUUGCAAAACAGAUGACUUUGCACUAAGGGCUUGCUCCUAAUUCACUGGAGGCAGUGAUCCUGUCACUGUGAGUCCCAAGGUAUUUUCUUCUGCAUCAGCAGGAGAAUCAUCAGGAGCCUGGGGAGCAGUUAGUGCUGUCUGCCUGAAAUACUUGGGCAGACUUCAUUCCAUUUGAAAGUGCCAGAAUGGAGAAUCCUCACAUUGAAGCCCUGAGUUCUUGCAUGGGGACAGUGCCUUUUGCCUGGGGGCAGGACCUCAGGACCUCAUCUAACAUAGACCCAUGCAUGGCUUUCUGAGGUACUGUGCUCUGAUUUUGUUAGAGUAAAAUGUAUUUUUAAAAACAUUGCUCUGAUUACAUUGUGAAAUCCUUUAAUCUCUGGCAGCUCUAAUGUAGAGUUUGGCUAUUAUAAUAAUUCUUGGUGUUUGUUCAGGUACUUCAGCCUCAUAGGAUAUACUAUGUGUGUAAUUAAAGGCAAUCCUGUUUUUUAUUUUAUUUUAUUUUUUUUUUCUGCUAUCUAUAAAUUGAAUGUUUACUUUUGAGAUGUAUUAAGUUUCGUUAGCUAGUGAUGGAGAGUUGUUACAAGCUGUGUAGGUGUUGGGGCUGACUGGGUUCGUAAGCAGAGGGGAGAGCAUGGCAGCCAGUAUAGUGUGGGGUUUGGCUUCGUGCUGCCAGUGACAUUCUGUGCAUGGACAGGUGUUAUGGGGCAUCCAUAGUGAGGAUGUAUUUAUUACUUAGAAUGUAUUUAACUAAUGAUAUUGAUAUAAAUCUUGCCUGCAUAUACUUCUUGAAUAUCUGGCAAGUGGGCUCCGUUCAGAGAGUCAGGUAGGGCUGCAGUGCUCAGUUCUGAAUUUUCUUUCUCAAUGCAGGAAGAAGUGUAUCUUGACCUACGACAGCCAUACUGGCAAAGGGUUUCCAUCUGAACUACAUGGUGGUUGUGGGAGAACUGGUGUUACAGCAUCCUGCUUGAAGCUGUGGAAGAGUCCACUCUGUAACCUCAGUAUUGUUGUCUAUCCAAAGACAACUGUGAUAUCCCUUAGUAAAGAAAAAGGGGUAGAGCAUUGUGUUGAGAAAUCUGGAGAAAUGACUGAGCUUCCUAUUAAAACACAACUAAACUCUUCAGCCACGGUGGCAGAUCUAUCCAGGCUCUGUGAAAUGAUGUCAAGGCCUUGAGAAGCAUCACACGUUCCUUUGGGUAACACAGAGCAAAAGAUAACAUGUAAGGACAUGGUAAUUAGUGCUGGGGGAAGAGAUGGAUUCAUCUGGUUUAAGACAAACCUCAGCUUGUAAGUAGCUUGAACUGUGAAUGGGCUUCACUCAGAUGUUUUGUUACAUCGCUGUUAAUGGGAAGAACUUUUGUUUGUCAUCAUCUAAAACAGCCAGCCCUAAUUCCUGCUGGGGGAAAGAAGAGGAUAAAAUGCUGAUUGUCCCAAUGAGCUGAUUCACUAUAGCAAUUUCUCAUUUUCUUAAGGAUAUUUUUCCUUUGUACAAGACAUACGAUUUUUUUAUUCCCAUAUAUCCAACUUUGGCUUGUGAUAUUGCUCAAGAACUUAGGAAUCUGUCUUUCACCUUUUAUUGCGACCCUCAAGUAAUGUAAGAGGUUUUAGUAUUGUCCUUUGAUUGCUUUAGGAAUGCACAUUAAAAAUCUCCUGUAACGUGGGGAAUAAACAGUUGAGAAAUGGAAAGGUGUGUUUAAACAGACAAGGAGGAUGAAUUCAGCCUUCUCUCUUUCCCUUCUUUGUUUUGUUUCAGGUUCUCUUGAAAUAGGUUCUCUUAUUUUGGGGCUUAAAGUGUCAGAAAAGAAAAAUACCAAAGAAAAUAAGAAUAAGGAAAGGUGAAUGCAGAGAAGGUGUUGAAUAGUAGG